AUGAAGGUCCUAUUAUACCUUGGUUUCAGUGCGGCUCUACUUUGUUCCAUGGUCUAUGCUGACCACGAGGGGAAGAAACAUGAUCACAAAGAUGAACAUGAUAAUAAAGGUGAUCACCAACACCACGACCACCACCAUGGCCCGCCCGACAAGCACCACCACCAUGCUGAUAAAAGUUUGUCCUGCCACAAAUUAGCAGAUAGCAAUUCCAAAUUUGCCUAUGACCUCUAUAGGCAGAUAGCAGCUGACCAUCCAGAAGAGAAUGUUGUCCUUUCCCCAGUAUGCAUAUCUACAGCAUUGGCAUUCAUGUCCCUCGGCACCAUGGGCAAUACCCACGACCAGAUCAUAGAAGGCAUUGGUUUUAACAUCUCUGAGAUUCCCGAAAAAGAAAUGCAGGAAGGCUUCCACCAUCUGAUGGAAAUGCUAAAUGACGAUGACAGAGAGCUGCAUCUCCAUAGCGGAAACGGCCUUUUCGUAAGCCAGUCGUGGAAAAUCCUUGAUGAAUUUCUCCAAUCAGCUUUGAAAUUAAAGUUGGAAGCUUUCAGUAUCAACUUUGAGGAGAAUGAAGAAGCCAAGAAACAAACCAACAGCUACGUUGAGAAGAAAACAAACGGCAAGAUCGUAGACAUGAUGAGCAGUGUGAACAAGGACGCAGUUUUCGUUCUUGCUAGCUUCAUUUAUUUCAGAGCAAAGUGGGAGAAACCUUUCGAGUCGCAACUUACCAAAGAAAAUGAUUUCCACGUGAAUAAGAAUCUUACUGUGAAGGUGCCUUUCAUGUCCCGGACUGGUAAUUACAAAACGGCAAUCUUGGAUGAAGCCACCGUUGUAUCCGUCCCUUACAAAGGGAACGCCUCUGCCUUAUUCAUCCUACCCAAGGAAGGCAAAAUGAAAGAAGUGGAAUCUAACCUAAGGGACACAGUGAAGAAAUAUAAAAAGUCUUCUCACAUGGAAUUUGUGGAUUUGAGAAUUCCCAAGUUUUCUGUUUCUGGUUCCCUAGACCUUAAAGAGUUACUACCCAAAUUUGGAAUAGUUGAUCUGUUUUCCAACAGCGCUGAUCUUUCUGGAAUCACUGGGGCUCCCAACCUAAAAAUUUCACAGGCUCGGCAUAACGCUAAGAUAAAUGUGGACGAGAAGGGAACAGAGGCUGCUGGGGCCACUGUAAUGGAGGGCAUUCCGAUGAGACUUCCUCUUGUGGUUGAGCUUGACCAUCCAUUCACAUUUGUUGUAUAUGACCACAACACCAAAACAACCCUCUUCAUGGGUAAAGUUGUAAACCCAGCGACUUAACUCUCUGCACACGCCAUCGCUGUGCC